UGUGAGGCGCGCGCGCCCGUCACGUGCGCGCAGGUCUACAGAAGUUCCAUCAGCAGGCGUUCUUACUUUCUGAGUAGACUACUGUACUGAACAGCUGCCUUCAUUUGAGCUGCACUCGUUACCUUACAGCUUUCAACUGACUGUUUAAACUGCUUCAUCCCAACAUCAGUCCUUCUAAAACAGUGGCUAUAAGAGAGACGGAUCUGAUGGACAAAGGACAACUGUAAACACUUCGAUUGAAAACAAUUAAUACAAUUAAUUUGGAUACCACGGAGCUAAGGACACCACCAUUCCAGACUUGGCCCUCUACUGAGCCGCUUGAGAUUUAAAGCCCAUACAUCGGACAUCACAAAUAUGAAAACAAAUACCAAAUAGGAGUAUAUCACUGGACAUAAGAUCCUUACAGUGGAAUUAAACACCAUACUUUCACAGGAAACUGUAUAUCUGAGGCUGUUGCUGUUGGAUCUGGGAGUUUACAGUCAUGUCUCCAUUCCUGAGGAUUGGUUUUUCGAGUUUUGAGAUGGACCCUGGGCUUGCCUACCAUGAAGAAGUACUCAAUCCAUACUGUGCUGUCUACAUGAAAGAGGCUGUGGAGACUGAAAAGGGUCAGAUGUAUAAACAGAAGCGGCCCACCAUGUAUCCCCCCUGGAGCAGCACUUUUGACGCUCAUGUCCACAGAGGACGAGUAAUGCAUGUGGUGGUCAAGGACAAGACGGCUGAGCUAAAGACGGAGGCUACUGUCCAACUUGACACCCUCGCUUCACGCUGUAAGAAAGAGAAUGGCAAACUGGAGAUCUGGGUGGAACUGAAGCCACAGGGGCGCUUACUUAUGGAAGCGCGGUAUUUUUUGGAGAGGAGUGAUGCUGCGGGUCAUGGUGAAGGAAAUGGAGAAAGCGAACAGGAAAAAGACGGGGUGUUCGCACUGCAUCACAGAAGAGGAGCUAUCAAACAGGCCAAAGUUCAUGUGGUCAAAUGUCAUGAGUUUACCGCCACCUUUUUCCCUCAGCCGACUUUCUGUUCAGUCUGCAAGGAGUUUGUCUGGGGCCUUAAUAAACAAGGAUACCAGUGUCGACAAUGCAAUGCGGCCAUCCAUAAAAAGUGUAUCGACAAAGUCAUCGCCAAAUGCACAGGCUCAGCAGUAAACAGUAAAGAAACCAGGAUCCAUAAGGAACGUUUUAAGAUUGACAUGCCUCACAGGUUUAGAGUGUAUAACUACAUGAGCCCGACAUUCUGUGAGCACUGUGGAACCUUGUUGUGGGGUCUUGCUCGGCAGGGCCUUAAAUGUGAAGAGUGUGGAAUGAACGUUCACCAUAAAUGUCAGAGGAAAGUAGCAAACCUUUGUGGCGUCAACCAGAAGCUAAUGGCAGAGGCCCUGGCUAUGAUUGAGAGCACUCAACAGCAGGCCCGCAGCUCUCGAGAUAGUGAGAUUGCUGGUCGAGAGGGUCCAGUGGGAGUGAGUCAGGCAGGGGUCGCUAGAGAGCCUUCAGGCCGCUUACCAACAUCACCCCUGACGCCUGCACCACUGCUACCACGCAAAGAGCAUCAAGGUAUUUCAUGGAACACUCCGGCUGAGGGCCGCAGGCCAAGUCUUGAACAGUCUGAACCCCUGUACGCCACCCCACGCAAAGAGCACCACAAAUUAAACCUAGAAAACUUUGCUCUGCAUAAGAUGCUGGGCAAGGGAAGCUUUGGAAAGGUAUUUCUGGCCGAGCUGAAAGGCACAGGGCAGUAUUUUGCAGUGAAGGCCCUGAAGAAAGAUGUAGUUCUGAUGGAUGACGAUGUUGAGUGCACUAUGGUGGAGAGGAGAGUGCUGUCUCUGGCCUGGGAACACCCUUUCCUCACACACCUCUACUGCACCUUCCAGACCAAGGAAAAUCUUUUCUUCGUGAUGGAGUACUUAAAUGGGGGCGACUUAAUGUUCCACAUCCAGACCUGCCACAGAUUUGACCUCCCACGGUCCACCUUCUAUGCAGCGGAGAUCGUCUGUGGGCUGCAGUUUCUACAUUCAAAAGGCAUUGUGUACAGAGAUCUUAAGCUGGACAACAUUUUGCUAGACAUCGACGGUCACAUCAAGAUCGCAGAUUUUGGCAUGUGUAAAGAGAACAUGUUUGGAGAAGCUAGAACGUGCACCUUCUGUGGAACACCAGACUACAUAGCUCCGGAGAUUCUGCUUGGGCAGAAAUAUGGGACGUCUGUAGACUGGUGGUCAUUUGGUGUCCUUCUUUAUGAGAUGCUGAUUGGCCAGUCACCAUUUCAUGGCCAGGACGAGGAAGAGCUGUUUCAGUCGAUUCGCACAGAUGACCCGUGCUACCCACGCUGGUUAUCUAGAGACGCAAGGGACAUUCUUGUAAAGCUAUUUGUACGAGAACCAGAGCGAAGGCUGGGUGUGAAAGGAAAUAUACGGCAGCAUGCGUUCUUCAGAGACACGGACUGGAACGCACUAGAGAAGCGACAGGUGGAGCCGCCCUUCAGGCCUACUGUGAAAUCAGCAAGUGACUGUAGUAACUUCGAUAAGGAGUUCAUAAACGAGAAGCCUCGACUUUCCGUCACAGACUGUAUCAUGAUCAACAGUGUGGACCAGACCAUGUUCAACAACUUCUCCUUCAUCAACCCCGCCAUGGCCCGCAUCAAGAGCCCCUGACUCACACACAAACAGAAGACACUUGUGCAAAUACUGUGAAAAAAGCCAAACCGAACGGCAAACACUCACAUUAAUAACAUAUCAGCCUCUAGUCAACCUCAGUUAAUGCUAUGGUUAGUAGAUAAAAGACACGGUUGUGUCAAAUUAUAUAAUAUAAUAUCUAUAAUGUUAUUAUGGUACUAUUUGGUGCCUCCUUGCCUUUUUGUGAGGUACAAUGCAAAAAAAACAUGAACUAGCAAAGUGAAAAUGUGUUGGUUCUCAAAAACUAACAUAAGAAGGUAAUAAUUACUAACAUAUUGUAUUAACGAAUUAGAUUUUCUUUUAAAAAUUCCAAAUGUACUUAAAACGGAGUUAAAAGAGGUUUUUCAUUUCUUACCUGAACAAGUUGAAGUGAAUGAGGCUUGUCGCCUCCUACUGGUUUAAUGAUAUAAAGGAAAAAUAAAUCAUUAUUUAUGUGACAAUAGUGAUGAAUUUGAUAUUUGAAUUUGUACUUAAUCUCAUAUUGUGAUGAUUUUUAUGGUAUUGGUUUGAAAAGUAUUUUUAUACCAAUAUACUUGUUUGUUUGUGCAUCAUGAAAUUUAUUGUAUGUUUUCUUAGAAGAAUAUGCUGUGAUGUCCGUAUCUUUAAUAAUCAUCUAUUUUAUUACGUGUCCCGUACUGAAUUCUGAAGGCCUUGUAUAGAGGUGUGAAUAGUGGCAAAAUAUUAUUGUGUAGCAAACUUUAAGUUACUGCUCGGUUAGGUUCUUAUGUUGUUGGACUGUACAAAGUUAUAUAUGCAUUCUUGGAAAUUAAUGUGUGGUGCAAAAACACAAUAUAUUUAGAGAGACAAAAUUAUGUUUUCUGUAUAGUCAGCAUUAUGAUUUAUUUUGGGACAUCUAGAAAUGAGUACUUAUUAUAUAUGUAUGGUUAUUUUACAGUGCAUGGGAAAUGAAAACCUUGAAUAAAUUGCCUUAAACAUCAAAUAAAGGCUUAUUUCU